AUGAAUCCCCCGGGAAGAUCGCUGGAGAUCCACCCAGACGGAAGUGAGAUUGGAUUGCCACCUCCCAAGAUCGAUUUACUAUGUAGGCUGCUGAAUUCUGAAUUCCUGAUGGUCAAGCCUGGGUAUGCUCUCCACCCGGAAGGGCAGCCGGAGCUGGUAUCCCCUACGCUAGGGCUUGGAGUCAGGAGAUAUCAAGCGGUCGAAUCCUUUCUCAAGUUUCCUGGGACGUGCUUCAAAGCUGCAUUGUCUAGCAGUCUGCACGGAGCUCCAAAUGGCACACACUUUCCGCCUCCCCGCCCUUACGGGGUGGCUGGUGAGAAAUGUGUCAGAGAUACUCGCCUCUAUCGCAUUUGGUCCGAAUACUCCGUAGUCCAGAAUGAUUGGCAAAAUGAAGGUGGAAUGGAAGCGGUAAAUCGCUCGUCGGUUGCCAUGAUAUCUUCAAAAAGAGUUCUCAACGGUUAA